ACUAUUAGCAAUUGAUCUUUCCGAAAACCUGUUUCGGCUGUCAGAUCUUUUGAAGAAUGUUUUUAAAAUUUAUUGAAUGAGGACGUUUGACCUGCCGUGAAAAGAACCUCACACUUGUAUCUCACAUAGGUAAUACACGUUCCUCAUACAUCAUGUAUGGACGGUUAGCUUUUUCAGACGGGAUUUCAGAGCACGUUUAGCAGAUUGGAUUUGACGGGCUAGCGUGAAAGAAGAAUGGCUAGUCCUACAACUCGUAAAGUCUUGUGGCUUUGUCUUCUCAUUCUCUUGCAAGAGUUUGGACCAGUGCAUCCGGCAUUCCUUCGACGCAAAACAAAAAGCCACAAAGGAGACACCCCUGCCGUUAACACCGCCCCUGAUAUGGAUACCUCCGACGACAAACAAGAUGAUGGCGAUGAAGUUGAAGAAAGCAAGUUAAAACCGCAACCUGUCAGGGAGGGAUCUUCCCCUAAGCGAGGGAUUUCCUGGAUUCCAAAUGUCCUAAAAAAAGUGAAGGUUGCUAGUGAAUGGACCGCUAAGACUGUCAACUUUCUUGGACUGGGAAAUAACAUUUACCGAGCAAUUGCCGGAUGCUGCGUGGAGGCGCCAGAAGCCUGUACAAAACGAGACGAGUUCUUGGCGAUGAAGACUGAGAUGACCGAAAAGAGUAGACUAGCCGAUGAAUUACAGUUAGAAGUUGAACAAGCUCAGGUCUGGACAGGGAAAUCUAUAGAAGCGUUUCAGAAUAUUGUCGAUAGGCUGGAGGUGAUAGGAGAUGAGCAGACGAUCUUUCUACGUAGAUUGACUAAUAAUCUGACAAAUAUGCAUGAAGCCGAGAAUCAAGUACUGAAAUAUAUCCAGAGUCAGAAGUUGGCGAGCCAAAAAGCGGAGUACCUUAAAGUGGACGAAAUGUACCAGACAGCCAUUAAGACCGGAACAUCCUUAACAACAUCCCUGAUGGGCAAUUUGUUACCGCUUGCAACCAAGUUGUUUGAGUAUGCUAAGGCGAAGCAUGCGGCGCUUGAAACACUCGAGGCGGAAAGGAAAAGUGGGUCAUCGCUCAAGGAUCCACCAAAGGGCACGAAAAAGGGAAAUGAAGUGAGGCUCAAACGGCAAAACGCUAUCAGACGAAAAACGAAUAUCGAAAAGAUGACAUCAAUAAAGUCUACAACCACCCAAAAAUGGGGGAAAAUUGUAAAUUUUGGCGAGCGCGCGUUGACGGGUAUUACGAGCGCCUUCACAUUCGCCAGUGCUGGAAUUACUUUGUACUUCGCUAUCGCACAAUUCCAGGAAUGCCAAACCAAGCGAGAGCAAGUCCUUAAAUCUACCGCUGAAAUGAAGAACGCCGUGACGGAAUUUGAUGCCGCUAUGACAAAUCUCACUGAAGCCAAUGUCGCCGUUAAUGAGACAUUUCAGGAUUUCCGCUCUAAAAUAACCGACGAAAACUUCUUGUCUGGUAUCCAGUCUAUGAAAGACCUUGUGGAGCAAGUUAGCCCGGCGGGAAAUGACGAGUUGGCAGGCGCUGUUGUAAACAUGCAGUCAUUCGUGGACCGCAUCCCGGUAGAGAAAUCUUACGAGGAGACCUACAAUCUUUUAGACAUGCUCCUCAGUUCCUUACAAAGCGUUCCCGCCACCAUUAGUUGCUUUACCAAUAAGGCGACCAUGUUGGAGCAGGUGAUCAGAGAAUGCAAGCAAGGAACAAAAUCAUUUGAUUCAUUGUACGACGAAGCUGUUGAUAUCGGCGAGGAAGGGUCAAAGCAGAUAAACUGCAACGCAAAGAUCGGAGCUCAAUACGUCACAAGAGAGGGACUGAAGGAAGGCCUUAAGGAGAUGGCUGAGAAAGAAGGCUUCAGUGAGAACUGCGAAGCUAAUAAUCCUGUGAAAAAGGAAUUAGUCUGCACUAAAAAGAAUGAUGGGUACGAAGCAGGGAAGAUUGCAGAGGACACUGGCCUAUCGUUGGAAACUGUGGAAUUCAUGCUCGCAGGCUGUCCAGAGGUCACCCAACUCACCCCAGCUGAAGUGACACGAGUCUGCAGGUUACGCAAGGAAACAAAAUGGGCAGACGAAAGAAUUUCGGAGGUGCUCGGCUUCCCGCUUGAUCUUGUCAAAGCUACCCAGUGUCCUUAAGAGCUGGGAAAAAUAAAUCAUUAAAGUCUUACUAGUAAUCUGCUGUUUUAUACUAGGGAUCUCUCCUUAUAAUGGUCCCAUCUAAGUGCAUGGCGUUUUUGGCCACUUUAAGGAUCGGAACCCUAUAUUGGAUUUUGCACAAUCUUAGACAAACAGCUGAAAGAACCACCGCCACACAAACUACACUAUCUUUCUUUAUUCCUUAUAUGACGGAUUGCCGGAAGACAGUGGCCAAACGAAAAACAAGUGACGUAGAGACCCUUGCAGACUCACAGCCCUUUUUCAGGAAUAUAAACUCUAAGAAAUGUUAUUAUUCAUUGAACGUGAAUCUUGAAUAAUAAAAUAGUAUGACAAUAAA